UACUCUGAAAAAGAAGUCAUUCUGAACAAGUUUACAUGUUUGAUUUUUGGGAGCAAUAGUGACUGGAUGCAGAGAAAAUGGGACAGAAAGCAUCCCAACAAUUGACUCUGAAUGACAGCAAAGAGGUGUUGCGUGUCUGUGAGGUGUUCAGUGGAGCUGUAGCCCAUGCUGCUCAGAAGCUGACGGAGUAUCUUGGAUUUGAAGAUCCUCUGAGUAAACUCUGCCCAGCUCCAAACACUCUGAAUGAGAUCUUCUUAAUCCACUUCAUCACCUUCUGCCAAGAAAAGGGAGUUGAAGAGUGGCUCACCACCACCAAGAUGACUGAGCACCAAGCCUUACUGUUUGGGGCAGACUGGGUUUGGACCUUUUGGGGAUCUGAUAAACAGAUAAGGCUUCAGUUGGCGGUACAGACUUUACAGAUGUCAUCUCUUCCUCUGGUGGAAUCUAAGCCUUGUGAAAUCUCCAAUCUGGGAUCAAGAGUAGAAGAAUCCUCCACAGAAAAAAGUAGAUUUGAUAAGCUGGAAGAAUUCUGUGAAUUGAUAGGAGAGGAUUGUUUGGGUCUGUUUAUCAUCUUUGGUGUGCCAGGAAAGCCUAAAGACAUCAGAGGAGUUGUCCUGGACAGCGUCAAGAGUGAGACGACCAAGAACCACCUGCCAGGAGGAAAGGCUGUGACACGGUUUGUCCUGGAAACUGAACAUUGUGUCUCCGUCAAAGAGCUUCUGGGAAACUGUCUGAGUAAGAAAGAUGGGCUGAGAGAGGUAGGCAGGGUUUAUGUUAACAUCCUCUGAACUGGAUAUGUGUGAUGAGACUGUCGUGUAGGAUGAAAAGAAAAAAUAUAUAUAUUUUAUCUUAAUAAGCAAGCUUAUCUACUUGCAGCAAUCCAGGACAGGAUUUUGUUUUCCUUUCUUUUUUCCUUUUGGUUGAAAAUUGUUAUCUGGGUUAAAGGAUAUUGGUGUCAUAGUUAUGGAGAAAAAAAUAACCUUGCCAUAUUUAAGG